UCGUGUCUCGUUUCGCUAUGGCCCGUACAAAGCAGACUGCCCGCAAGUCGACCGGUGGCAAGGCCCCGCGGAAGCAGCUGGCCACCAAGGCGGCUCGCAAGAGCGCGCCGGCCACCGGCGGCGUCAAGAAGCCGCACCGCUACCGGCCGGGCACCGUGGCCCUGCGCGAGAUCCGGCGCUACCAGAAGUCGACCGAGCUGCUGAUCCGCAAGCUGCCCUUCCAGCGGCUGGUGCGCGAGAUCGCGCAGGACUUCAAGACCGACCUGCGCUUCCAGAGCUCGGCCGUGAUGGCGCUGCAGGAGGCGAGCGAGGCCUACCUGGUGGGGCUGUUUGAAGACACGAACCUGUGCGCUAUCCACGCCAAGCGCGUGACCAUCAUGCCCAAAGACAUCCAGCUGGCCCGCCGCAUCCGCGGGGAGCGGAGCAGGAGAUUGCUGCUGCCUAAGGAGACUUCUAAUAUGAAUCAGAAUCCUCUUAUUAAAGAUAUCAUGGCCCGUACGAAGCAGACUGCCCGCAAGUCGACCGGUGGCAAGGCCCCGCGGAAGCAGCUGGCCACGAAGGCGGCCCGCAAGAGCGCGCCGGCCACUGGCGGCGUUAAGAAGCCGCAUCGCUACCGGCCGGGCACCGUGGCCCUGCGCGAGAUCCGGCGCUACCAGAAGUCGACCGAGCUGCUGAUCCGCAAGCUGCCCUUCCAGCGGCUGGUGCGCGAGAUCGCGCAGGACUUCAAGACCGACCUGCGCUUCCAGAGCUCCGCCGUGAUGGCGCUGCAGGAGGCGAGCGAGGCCUAUCUGGUGGGGCUGUUUGAAGACACGAACUUGUGCGCUAUCCACGCCAAGCGAGUGACCAUCAUGCCCAAAGACAUCCAGCUGGCCCGCCGCAUCCGCGGGGAGCGGGCUUAAGGCACGCGUUUUAAACUAGACGAUCUAAAGGCUCUUUUCAGAGCCACCCAUGUUUUCAUAAAGAGCAGCUGUGCCAGCUUUAAGCUUGGUGAGUUCCUAAUGCACAAGUGUUAAGGGUAAAGUGGGUCGGGGAGUCUCGCCCGUGUUGGGUGGUGAGGUUAUGGAGUUUUAAGGCAGACAGACGCUAGAGGGAGCACCAGAGGCAAGGUCUGGGUCGUGUCGGUCAAGUACUGCUUUUACUUGCUGGCUUGAUUUCUGAGUCCAGAGCGCCAACCUUACUAAACUUUGCAAGAGGAUAAAAUCUGCUCUACCAGUCGUUUGUAACGCGUUCCAAAGUGCUAGUACAAAACGUUAGCACAAAUCUGAAUACUGAAAUUAAGUGACACUUUAGAAGGCCGUCAUUAUGUGAUAACUGUUGGGAUGGCAAUCUGGGUUUUCAGCCCGAUUGUACAGUUACUAGAACUAGGC